AUGGUGGUAUGGAUAAAGCAGUUGGUAUAUUUUCAUCUUUUGUGCAGUGGUCAACAUGGGUUUGUGGUUGUAAUUACGGGCAUAGAAAACAUUGGGAAGGGGCUGAUUCGCGAUGGGACAGGGUUUGUCACAUUCCCCGUGAAGUACCAGUGUGUUGUUUUCAGACCAUUCAAAGGAGAGAUCUUAGAAGCUGUUGUUACUAUGGUGAACAAGAGGCUAAAACUAUAUCUUUUACCGGAGGAACAGUCAUCCCCUCCAUUCUGGGUUGGCAUGGGCGGUCAGGUUGACUCAGAAACGUAUGGAUUCUUGGCUUCUCGGGGAAACCCACAAAAGUUCUACUUAGAGAAAGUCAUUUUCUGGGGUGCCUUAAGGACAAUCUUUGGAUUAGUACCUCGUGGUUUAAUCAAUUCAGGGAAUCUGUGCUUUCUCAAUGCAACGCUACAGGCUCUUCUAUCCUGUUCUCCUUUUGUUCAGCUUCUGCAGGAAUUGAGAACUCGCAAAGUGCCUAAGGUUGGCUAUCCAACAUUGGGUGCAUUUGCAGAGUUCAUCUCUGAAUUUGACAUGCCUAAUGGUUCAAGUUCAAAGAACAAAGAUGUAGGUGUUCUUGAGACUGGUAGGCCUUUUAGCCCUGCCAUGUUUGAAGGCGUUCUUAAAAAUUUUACUCCAGAUGUACGAACUAGCAUCUCGGGCAGGUCAAGACAAGAAGAUGCUCAGGAGUUCCUUAGCUUCAUUAUGGAUCAGAUGCAUGAUGAAUUACUUAAGCUUGAAGGACAGCCCUCGAGUAUUAAUGGGCUCAAAUCAUCUCUAGUAUCUUCUACAGAAGAAGAUGAAUGGGAGACGAUUGGCCCUAAGAAUACAUCUGCAGUAACCAGGACACAGAGUUUUGUUCCUUCAGAAUUAAGUGAUAUUUUUACAAUUGAUCUUGAUCUUGUUUUGUCUUGA